UCCUCUGGAGUAGCUGGGAUUACAGGCACAUACCACCACUACAAUUGAUAGGUAGCUGCAUCGAACUGAUUCCACAAAAGCUGCAAGGCUCUAAGCUUCAGGUUAAUGCCACAGUAACCCAGUCCCGGCCCUCAGGAGCUCAUAUGGUCCAACCUCAAGAUCACAUAAAAUCACUUGAAUCCCCUUUGAAAUGAUACUAUUUUCCUGAACAGAUUUUCAACGUGCUACAGUUUUUUCCUGAUCACUUUCAUCAUGUCUUGCCAAGGUGGGAUGAUAAUGUUUAUUUAGAAAUCAUUUCACCUGGGACAAUAAUGCCAUCAGUCAGCCUGUCCUCAAGGGGAUCCUCUGGACAUCGAACCAGCUGUCCAUGUUGCUGGCAUGUGGAAAGCACUGCCUCACCUUGGAGGACACGCUGGGCUGGGGUGAAAGCCCAGCUGCUACCUUGCAGUGCUCCCCUCGAAAUCCCACAUCUCCAGCUCCAGCAAAUGGGCAGCUGGCUGGGUGGGGAGACGUUCCUCUCCCAGAUGAGACAUCUGCCCUUCUACUUGAGCGAGAGGGAGAGGGGCUCCACCAGUUUACAAGGGACUCAAACAUCAUUUGUCAUCUAGAGGAACAGAGCAAGUGAGAUGACAAAGUGCCCACAUGAGAACUGAAAAUCGUAACCCCACACUUCUUAAUGAGGCUGAGUAUAUAGCACAUAUCAGGGCUUCUAGCAGAAAAAGCAAAUUUGGUCUUUCUCCAACAGCCUUAUUAUCUUGCACUCACCCUGCAGGUAACCUGGAAAUUAGGGCAUUGUUUGUCCUGACUAAAUAUUUCAGGACAUUGGACUUGCCUUUGCUUCAUUUUUUUCUGGCAGACCUGAAGAUUAUCCCACAAGGUAGAAAAACUCAUUUGACUUGGCCCCAAGCAUGCUUCAUACACAGACUUCCUAUUAUGAAGAAUUCCAGUAGGACUCCCUAGGGGGGAAAAACACCCAUUUUAGUUGGCACAGACCAGAGUCACUGGAAUCAGUUACUAAGUCACAAUUUCCUUAAAAUUUGGAAGGACUUUUGGGAUUGCUAUUGUUUUCCCGGUAAAUUACUGUAUCAUACUGGUGUCUUGGAAUAAAGCAACACAUUUUAAAUAUAAGUUUCCAAAAGCUGUAACUCAACUUCCCAGGCUCCUGGGGGAUUUUCACUGGCCCAGACUCAGGAAGAGUUUUCUUUUGUGGGAUUCAAGAUUUUAGACACCAAACAUUUCCUGCAGAUUUUCCUCUGCUUUCUAAUCUCCACUUAACGUCCACCCAAAGACAACAAAGAAACUAUUUCUGAUUAGUGCAGGCAGCCAAGAGUGCCCAGUGGGUGUAAGGUGCAGGGUAAGGGAACAAGAGACCAUGAAUCCAAGAUUCUUGGCAUUAUGGUACCACUGAGUUGCCCAAUGGCUUGAGUAUGUUAACCCCUUGCUUUAUGGCUGGAACUUUACCCCUCCUGGAGCUUUUCUGAAGAAUUGAUUUUUUUACGUGGUGUUUAUUUAUAUUCCAGAAGCCAAUUCUAACAUCAAAUAGGAGUGAUGGUGAAUUAUAAGACAAAGUCUGCCCAAAGCACCAAAUUGUCAGACUGGCACACCCCAAGAUUUUGCAACUCCUUAGUUUGGAUGCCUCUCCCUGUAGCUUGUUAAAACCUGAACGGGGUGCUUUGGUUAGUGGUUUGGGGAUAGAAUUUUGGAGCUUUAUUAGGAGAUGUCCUGGCCUAAUGUAGAGCCCACUUCCCCCAACAGCCAGGAGCAGGGGAGCUGGGAGAGUGGGGUGCCGGCCACUUUCUCUGUCGCCAGCCAGUCUUGUCUCCAGCAUCCCUCCAAGGCUCUGCGCGUACCUUUAGAGUAAGUUUCCCCCCACUUCACAAAGUUGCAAAUGUCUUUGCCCAUAAUUUCAGAAGUCUUGUCUGAACUAGACUUUCACUGUUCCUUUAGGGUAGGAAUCUUGUUUUCUCUCCGUCCUGGCGUCUUUACCCUCUCCCCACCCUGGGGCCUGGUCUCCAGCCAGUGGACUCUGUUAAAAUGAACUGGCACUGGCAGGGUGAUGGGGCAUUGCCUAGACAGCUCCUGGCACUUGUCACCAAUUAUCCCAAUUCUCACUUUUUUCAUCGUCGUCGAUGGAUGCCCUCUGCAGAUCAUGACCCAAGUUCAGGGUACAGGACUCCUGCCAUGCCUGCGCUCCCCAGGAGAUAGCUCCUUACACUCCUAUCCCGACAAACUCCUAAAGGUCUCCGUUGUUCUGAGCCCGAGGCUCCCCACACCUGGAGGCUGAUCCGCGCCUGGGCUUGGGGACCAUCAGAGUGGAGCCAGGUGGCAGCGGCGGGGCGCACGCCCAGGACGCCUGGCUCCAGGGGCUGCCUGCAGGGUGGGGCCGCCCUCGCCGCCGCUCCCCACCCCCGCGCCUUCCCCGUCCCCAAAGAGGACACCCCUCCUUCCGCCCGGCCCGCUCCCCACCCUCGCGCGGCGCCGCCUCUCCCGCAGCCCGCCCUUGCCUAGAGCCUCCCGGGCAGCCAGCGAGCGAGGGGAGCGCUCUGGGAUGGGACUUGGAGCGGACGGCGGAGGAGGAGACAGCGGCAGCGGCGCGGGCUUCCUCCUCGGCUCCCACGAGCGAUCCUCGAGGACGGCCGCGGCCCCCGGCGAGGCGAGGAGGCCCGAGAGGAAGACCCGGGCGGCCGCGCCCCUGUCCCGCUUCCCGGGCGCCGUCGGCGGCGGCGGCUGCAGCCUCGCCCCUCUUCCUCGUCUUGAAAAUGGACAAGAUGCUUGCGGGCUGCCUUCUGCUGAUCCUCGGACAGGCCGUCCUCCUCCCCGCUGAGGCCAGGCAGCGGCCACACGCGAGGGCCACCUCCAGAGGCAGACAGGCUCGGACCCACCCCCAGAGGGCCCUCCUGGAGAGCUCCUGUGAGGACAAGCAGGCAGACCUGGUUUUCAUUAUCGACAGCUCCCGUAGCGUCAACACCCACGACUAUGAGAAGGUCAAGGAGUUCAUCGUGGACAUCUUGCAGUUCUUGGACAUUGGCCCUGACGUCACCCGGGUGGGCCUGCUCCAGUAUGGCAGCACCGUCAAGAACGAGUUCUCCCUCAAGACCUUCAAGAGGAAGGUCGAGGUGGAGCGUGCCGUCAGGAGGAUGCGGCAUCUGUCCACGGGCACCAUGACGGGUCUGGCCAUCCAGUAUGCCCUGAACAUCGCAUUCUCAGAAGCAGAGGGGGCCCGGCCCCUGAGGGAGAAUGUGCCACGGGUCAUAAUGAUCGUGACGGACGGGAGGCCACAGGACUCAGUGGCCGAGGUGGCUGCAAAGGCGCGGGACACGGGCAUCCUGAUCUUUGCCAUUGGCGUGGGCCAGGUGGACUUCAACACGCUGAAGGCCAUUGGGAGUGAGCCCCACGAGGACCAUGUCUUCCUGGUGGCCAACUUCAGCCAGAUCGAGACGCUGACUUCCGUGUUCCAGAAAAAGCUGUGCACGGCGCACAUGUGCAGCACCCUGCAGCAUAGCUGCGCCCACUUCUGCAUCAACACCCCCGGCUCUUACGUCUGCAGGUGCAAACAAGGAUACAUUCUCAACUCGGACCAGAAGACGUGCAGAAUCCAGGACCUGUGUGCCAUGGAGGACCACGCCUGUGAGCAGCUCUGUGUGAAUGUGCCGGGCUCCUUCGUCUGCCAGUGCUACAGUGGCUACACCCUGGCCGAGGAUGGGAAAAGGUGUGUGGCUGUGGACUACUGUGCCUCAGAAAACCACGGGUGUGAACACGAGUGUGUAAACGCUGAUGGCUCCUACUCUUGCCGGUGCCGUGAAGGAUUUGCUCUUAACACAGACGGAAAAACGUGCACAAAGAUAGACUACUGUGCCUCACCUAAUCAUGGAUGUCAGCACGAGUGUGUUAACACAGAUAAUUCCUAUUUCUGCCGAUGCCUAAAAGGCUUUACCCUGAGCCCAGAUAAGAAAACCUGCAAAAGGAUCAACUACUGCGCCCUGAACAAACCUGGCUGCGCGCACGAGUGCGUCAACACGGAGGAUGGCUCCUACUGCCGCUGCCGCCGCGGCUACACCCUGGACCCCAACGGCAAGACCUGCAGCCGCGUGGACCACUGUGCGCAGCAGGACCAUGGCUGUGAGCAGCUGUGCCUGAACACGGAGGAGUCCUUCGUCUGCCAGUGCUCAGAAGGCUUCCUCAUCAAUGAGGACCUCAAGACCUGCUCCCGGGUGGAUUAUUGCCUGCUGAGCGACCACGGAUGCGAAUACUCCUGCGUCAACACGGACAGAUCCUUUGCCUGUGAGUGUCCCGAGGGACACGUGCUCCGCAGCGAUGGGAAGACGUGUGCAAAGUUGGACUCUUGUGCUUUGGGGGACCACGGCUGUGAACAUUCGUGUGUGAGCAGUGGAAACUCUUUCGUGUGCCAAUGCUUUGAAGGCUAUAUUCUCCGUGAAGAUGGGAAAACCUGCAGAAGGAAAGAUGUCUGCCAAGCAGUAGACCAUGGCUGUGAACACGUGUGUGUGAACAGUGGCGAAUCAUACAUGUGCAAGUGCUCGGAAGGAUUCCAGCUUGCAGACGAUGGGAAGCGCUGCGGACGGAAGGAUGCCUGCAAAUCGACCCACCAUGGCUGCGAGCACAUUUGUGUUAAUAAUGGCAAUUCCUACAUCUGCAAAUGCUCAGAGGGAUUUGUUCUAGCCGAGGACGGAAGACGGUGCAAGAGAUGCACUGAAGGCCCAAUUGACUUGGUCUUUGUGAUUGAUGGAUCCAAAAGUCUGGGAGAAGAGAAUUUUGAAGUUGUGAAGCAAUUUGUCACUGGAAUUAUAGAUUCCUUGGCGAUUUCCCCCAAAGCGGCUCGAGUGGGGCUGCUCCAGUAUUCCACGCAGGUCCGCACGGAGUUUACCCUGAGAAACUUCAACUCGGCCAAAGACAUGAAAAAAGCCGUAGCCCACAUGAAAUACAUGGGCAAGGGCUCUAUGACCGGGCUGGCCCUGAAACACAUGUUUGAGAGAAGUUUUACCCAAGUAGAAGGGGCCAGGCCCUCCUCCGCACGGGUGCCCAGAGUGGCCAUCGUGUUCACCGACGGACGGGCUCAGGACGACGUCUCCGAAUGGGCCAACAAAGCCAAGGCCAAUGGUAUCACUAUGUAUGCUGUUGGGGUAGGAAAAGCCAUUGAAGAAGAACUACAAGAGAUUGCCUCUGAGCCCACAGACAAGCAUCUCUUCUAUGCCGAAGACUUCACCACAAUGGGCGAGAUAAGUGAAAAACUAAAGAAACGCAUCUGUGAAGCUCUAGAAGACUUUGAUGGAAGACAGGACUCCCCAGCAGGGGAACUGCCAAAGAGAGUCCACCAGCCAACAGUGCAACACAGAUACCUGUUUGAAGAAGACAAUCUUUUACGGUCUACACAAAAACUUUCCCACUCGACAAAAUCUUCAGGAACCCCUUUGGAAGAAAAACAGGAUCAAUGCAAAUGUGAAAACCUUAUAAUGUUCCAGAACCUUGCAAAUGAAGAAGUAAGAAAAUUAACACAGCGCUUAGAAGAAAUGACAGAGAGAAUGGAAGCCCUGGAAAAUCGCCUCAGAUACAGAUGAAGAUUAGAAAUGCUCUACAUUAUCUGUAUGUCAUUGCAUCAAAGAUUACAUUGAAAUCAGUUCAGAGCAUCAAAGCUCAGGCUUUGGUUGAUAAUGUUGUGAAGUAAAACAAAACCAGUACUGAGAAAGCUGGUUUGCUAUAGAACAAAGACAAAAAGUAGACACUAACUUGUAUAAAUUUAUUUAGAAAAAAAAAAUCCUUCAGAAUUUUAUGAGUUUACCAUGAGAAUAAAUAAGCUAUGCAAGGUAUUUUGUAAUAUACUGUGGACAUGACUUGCUUCUGCCUUGUCCUGCCUUAGUGUUGCAGUCUCAUUUCACUAUAAGAUCAAGUUUGCGCAGUCUUACUGCUGUAGAACACUGGCCAUAGGAAAUGCUAUUUUUUUGUAUUAGACUUUACUUUGAUAUAUGUAUAUGGAUGUAUGCAUAAAACACAGGACAUAUGUACUUGUGUAACAUGUUGGAUUUUUUAUAUAUUAAAAUUCACUUCAGAGAA